UAUAUUUUUUGUGAAAAGGAUUCGUCGUGAAGCGGAUUUUAAACAAUCGAAACGCGUUACCACGGUAAUCGAGGAUCUAAAGUUCCCGUCGGGCUCGCGAAUUCCUUGAAAUAAACGUGAACGAACGGACAGUUGCGGGUCGUGUUGGAAAAAUCAGUGCUUUUUUCUGCUUGCUUCCACAGUGAAUUUGCACCCUUUGCAAUUCGACGUACGCUUAAAGUGAAAACCGAGACUUUCCUGUCGUGGAAGGAAGUGUGAUGUCGCGUGUGACGAUGGAAAGUGUCUUUUCCCAGUAGGAAAAUUUGUGCUAAUGUUUAUUAAAACGGGUUGCAUGCAGAAUUUAUUUUAUUUGAAGCAGCACAUUUAACGUUGGUAGUGAAAAGAAGAAAAAAACACCUACACUAAAGAAGAGUACGCAGUAGACAGUGCUUUGAAAAAAAUAUCAAAUUGUUAAAUAUUACUAAAACAGUAAUCAAACUAGCAAACAUCGCAUUGGUAAAAUAUUGGAAUUCUACUGGCAGAAUGCCUAAAUCUGUUCUGGAUUGGAUUAUUGCGUAAAACUAUGACAGCAAGUAACGAAUCGUUUUUUCCGGAGAAGUUUAUUUCAGACAAGCGCCCUCCGGAGCGGAAUGGCCGCUAGAUUCCCGUAAAGGACACGGUCGCUGGCGGGCCAUGGCCACAGACGCAUAAUGUGUUCUAUGAUAUCCGUACAGUGCCACAACAACAAGAGUUGCUCUAUUUGGACUGUUUCAAGUGAGGUUUCACGUCUGUUCUUGUCAGCAUCGGCUGUAAAAUUUGUAGUGGAGUGGCGAAAAAAGCAAGUGUCUCCAUCAGAACAGGAUAGUGUAGCAAGUGCAAACAUUUGGUGCUCAAACUAUGUUGAAACCAUUGAAAAAUCUGCUCACUUAUCUGCAGAAGAAUGCCAAUAGUUCACCAAUUUUUGGAUUAACCAAUGAAAUGGGUCCCAUCGAGGAACCGACGUUGGACGCAGCCGACGUUAUGACAACGGAGCAGAUAAACGGCGACGAUCCGCUGUACGAUCCACUGGCGUUGGACGAGUGCGACGCGGAUGUGCUAAAUGUGAGCAACGCCAGCAGUGUUUCGAUCGGUGACAGGCCAAGUAGUGAACUGGACAGUAGUACCGGACAGAUAGUGCUAGUGGAUGUGACAAGUCUGAAGAAUAGUCCUGCUGGUAGGGAUAAUGAUGACGAUACGGAGGAUAUUAACGCAAACAUUGGGAACUCAGUGCAAAGUGCGGUGGAAACGGCUAUUGUUAGUGAAAAUGGAAAUGAUGAAAGCGGGUUGUCGCUGGAGGGGGAUCUUGAAAAUAACGAGACAAAGUCUACCAUUCUAGAGGAUGAUAGCUUUACGACUGCCUCCAGCGGCAAUACACCAAAUGGCUCCAUUAGUAUGCAAUGUGACUUGAGAGCGGCAGAAUCUACAGAAUUUGUAGAUGCAGUUCAGCUCAAUGGAGAAACCGAAACGGCCGUUACUGCUACUGCGGCUGUCGCCGAAGUUCAGCAAAACGAAGAGGAAGAAGCCAGUGAUGGUUCGGAUUCCGGUCUAGGAUCGGAACCAUCUAGAAACGUAUCAACGCUGGAAAAAGAAGUAGAAGUCGUAGAACUUCCGCCGGUGAAGAGUAAUCUUAAAAGACGCUCCGGUGAAGAAACAACCGAAGCAACCAGUGAAAAGCGACCAAAGAGGGGCAUAUCGUUCGACGGUGUUACGGUGUACUAUUUCACUCGGAUGCAAGGCUUCGGAUGCGUACCGUCGCAAGGUGGAUGCACACUGGGCAUGGAGUUACAACAUAUGCACACGAAACGCUUUACCCUCGCUGAACACGCCGCAGAGCAACGGAAGAUGCACCGCGCACAGCUUCAGGAGCUAAACCCCCGCAGCAGUUCAAGCGAAGAAACGGACAGUGACGACGAGCCAAGCGAAAGUGGAUCGGAAGCGGAAAGUGAAUCGUACGGGUUCUUGCAACCAGUAACCACUCGUCAACGGAGAGCCUUGCUCAAGGCAGCUGGAGUGAGAAAAAUUGAUUCCACCGAAAAAGACGAGUGUAGAUUGAUUCGAACAUCCCGCGAAGUAUGCGGAUGCACUUGUCGGGGUUACUGCGAUCCGGAUACAUGUGCCUGUAGCCAAGCGGGAAUCAAAUGUCAAGUCGAUCGACCUAGUUUCCCUUGCGGUUGUACGCAGGAUGGCUGCGCAAACGUCGUAGGAAGAGUUGAAUUUAAUCCUGCGCGUGUACGAACGCACUUCAUCCACACUAUCAUGAGGUUGAAUUUAGACAACAAAGCAAGUAGCGAAGAACAAAACGGAAUGGGAAUUCAUUCAGCCAGUAGUUACGGUAAUGGGAAGGAUUGGUCUAGUGGUCCAGUGCGAUUACCGGGCUUAUAUGGAAUGGUGGGAACUAAUGGAGCUGAUACUGUAGACGGAUAUCAUCAUCUUCAUCAACAGCAGCAUCCAUAUGCUGCUGCGAACCACAACUAUUUAAAUGGUCAUCCGGUUUCAAAUGGACUUUCACCCGCCGGUGAAUCUCUGGAUCUGCAUUACGCUUUCCGUGACUUUUACGGACCCUCGCCUCAAGCCAACGAUCAGCUGGCGAUCCCCAAUUCACUAAUGACGACUUAUUACUCUAAUUACCCAACAAAUAUGGACCAAUACCAUCAGCCUCACCAUACUGGUUUAGUCAUGGAUCAAAGACAGACCGACCCACAUUCCCCAUACCACAGUCAAAUGGAAACCACUCCGGCUACCAGUUCAGUGAUGAUUGAUGAAGAAGUCACGCUAAACACUCCGAUCAAUCCCAACUUUAACUGCGACGAAUCCUCAUCGCAAGCUGAUACCCAAUCCAGUGCCUCUCAACCAAUUCCUGAGCCAGAUCAGAGUGGUCAAUCAAUCUCCCAAACAACAACUUUCACGAGCACGAGUGAUACCUCAGACAGUACCAACCAUGACAAUGGAAUCACGCAGGUUUCGGAAGAUGCUGCCAAACCCAUCAAAUCCUCCAGUCACCCACCUAGUCCACCCGAUGGCGACUUUAUCGACCUCAACACACCGCUAGCACCGGGAAGCGAUCGGCUAGAGGCUAUUAACGAUCUACUGGAGAGCAGUAGAAAUACAAUAAGCAUCGUUAAGCAGUCGAUCAUCGCUGAAGAAGACGACGAACUAAGUGAUUUCCGUGAUCCGCCAGUCGCUCCGCUAUCCGAUGGCUGUCUGGCCGCGACAAAUGACAAACCCUUCGGCCUGGAGGUAACCAAUCAUAGUUCCCCUGCCACGGAAUCCGAUCGGGGAAAUUUUAGCCAUGUUCAAACAGAGACGACGGUAGUAGACUUGGAUAAAUCGUCCGAUGAUAUCGGUCCGAUCAUCGAGCCAAGCGAAAACUUAAGUGAAAUUAUCAAGAAUAGUAUUGUUGAAACUGUGUCUAACUAAGAAAUCACCAAUCGCGUUGAUUUGGUUGAAUAUUGUUCGAAUUAUUCACACUUGUUUUGCUUAAUUGUUGGGCAAAUCAGUUUCUCUUUUGCUUCAGGGUUAGUUAAUUCUUUUCCAUGUUCUUAAUAUAUUUUUAGUUAUGUUUCUCAUAAUUUAUUCCCGUUUCAUCAAACUACCAAUUCUUUCUUCAUACAGCUUAUCUUUCUCUGAUUUAAAAACAACCAUGUCUUACAAAAUCUCCUUCAUGGGAGUAAACAUUAUAUUUUAAAAAAGUACCAUUAGGAGUAAAACUGCUGAUUGUAGAAAGUUGUGUAAAAGUUACGCCCCAUGUGUAACGACCUAAAUAAGAAAACAUAAAAUAUAGAUAUAACUAAAGACACGAUAGGUAAAUUAAAUUCUGUACUCAAAACUAAAACAUGCGCAAUGGAAGUUAAAAUUUAUCAUAAACAAGGUAGAAUAAUACUAUUCAAUAAAUCUAGUGUAAAGUGACCGGUAGAUAAAAAGCAAAAAACAAUGAAAAUAUGAAAUGAAAAGUACCGUUUUUACAAGUGCUGCCGUUGAUUCGAAUUACUACGUGUAAAAUCUGACAAAACUAUAAUGUACAUUGAAAUCUGCAAAUUGUGAAGUACCCCUAUUAGGAAAAUGUAUUUGAAAAAGAACAAAAAAAAUGGGACUGUCCACUGUACAUAAGCUACAUUGUACACUAAAUAUCAGCAUGGUGAUCUGAAGAAAAUGAAAAACAAAAAAGCUAAACAAAAAGAAAACAAAUGAACAAUGUGAAUAACGUGAAAUGGAACAAACU